AUGAAGGGAGGAAAGAAGGCCCAACAGGCCGCCAGAGAGGCAGAACUUCAACGCCAGCGCGAUGCUUCCGUCCCCAAGUCCCCGCCCCGUCUUCCACAGCUCUACAACGGAGCGCCCGCGCCCCAAUUCGACCACUUUGGCGUCGACACCCGCCCCGACUCCAUCGCCAUCGUGUCAGGCAGAGCAGACCAGCGCCAGUACAGCACCAGCAUCCAUCGCCCUUCAAUGGAUCCGCCUCGCGCGUCCACCAGCACUGCUCCCGCCGUCCCUCCUGUUCCCAACGGGAAUUGGGUCGACCCCUACGCACGCACCGAGAGCAUGACCCAUCGUGGACGGUACAGCUACGCCAGUAGUGCGGUGAGCACCGUCAACAGCCCUCGACGCGUACGCAGGAGGAAGGACCCGACCCCGUUCAAUAUCCUGAUCAUCGGAACGCGGGGUUCUGGCAAGACCUCAUUCCUCGAAUUCCUGAAGACCGCCCUUGCUCUGCCUGCCAAGAAGCGAGCCAAAAGCACCAUCGAGGACGAACCCAGCUCCAAUCGGGCACAGCCCUCGGGCAAUUUCAUCCCCCACUUCAUCGAGAGCGAAAUCGAUGGGGAGCGUGUUGGAGUGACGCUCUGGGACUCGGAAGGGCUGGAGAAAAAUGUUGUCGAUCUGCAGCUCCGAGAAAUGUCAACUUUCCUAGAGAGCAAAUUCGAGGACACGUUCGCCGAGGAGAUGAAAGUUGUGAGAUCGCCGGGUGUACAGGAUACCCACAUCCACGCAGCUUUCCUGAUCCUCGAUCCAGCCCGGCUGGAUCGCAAUAUUGCAUCUACUAAGGCCGUUUCGGCCAAUGGCAAUGGCAAGCACCACCCAGAGACCCGGAUCAUCGGCAGCUUGGAUGAGGAUCUCGACCUACAGGUCCUGCGGAUCCUCCAAGGCAAGACAACCGUCAUUCCCGUCGUCGCGAAAGCCGAUACUAUCACCACCAAGCACAUGGAAGUGUUGAAGAAAACUGUCUGGGACAGUCUGAAGAAGGCGAACUUGGAUCCACUACAGGUUCUGGGUCUGGAAGAUGAAGAUUACGAUUCCCCGCCAUCCUCGAGCCGAAUCCCAGAGGAGCCUGAGUCACAAGAGGAUGAGAGCGACGAGGAGGAUGCUGAGGGGGAGGAGGAACUGCCCAUCCAAGGCAACCAACCCCCCAGCUCCCCAAGACAGUCGGUCACUUCUGUACGACGCAGUAGGACAGGGGACGAGCUGAAAGAGGAUGAGAUCCCCUACAUCCCCAUGUCAAUCAUCAGCCCCGACAUAUACGAGCCUGAAGUUCUCGGCCGAAAGUUCCCCUGGGGCUUCGCAGACCCGAACAACGAAGAGCACUGCGACUUCCUGCGACUAAAGGACUCGGUAUUUGGCGAGUGGCGCAACGAGCUCCGCGAGGCCAGCCGUGAGCAAUGGUACGAAGGCUGGAGGACAAGCCGCCUCAAGCAGCGCGAUGGGCCAGUUCGACGUCGAUAG